AUGUCAGCGACAACCGAUGAAGUUGAAACUCAGGAUGACCGCGAGCGGCGCCAGCGCUACGAAGACACGGAGCGUGAACUGCUGGCGGUACUGGAGGCUGAGACCGUGGACGAGUCGACGCGCAAGCGGCAGCUCGUGGGGCUCUUCGAUCGCUUCCGGACUGAAUACUCGCAACUGAGCGUCAAGCUGCGCGAGAGUCUGCGGCUCCAACGUCGCUUGAUGGACAAGUGUCUGCAGAUGAAGAACGAGCUCGUGGUGUGCGCCCUCAAGAUCAAGACGAGAGAGCAAGUGCAGGCG